AGAUUCAUCAGGUCUCAGACGUUCUUCUGUUUAAUGUUGGACAAACGAGAUUGCCAUUUAAUUGUUUAUUUCCUUAUUUACACCACAUAUACUUUACACAUUUAUGUAAUAUAAAUCUUGAUCAUUAUAAUUAUUUGAUUAACAAUAAGCAAGAAGUCUAGAAGAAGUUUAUUCCAAUUAUUCGACACUGUAAAUACAAUAUUUGUUAAUAUUGAUUAUCAAUCAAAAGGCAAAGUUUCAUUUUGUUUGAUAAAACAAAGAAAAAAAUACGAAAAAUGCAAGUAAAGCUGAAACUAAUCGCAGCGGCAAGCGAAAAUAUGGGAAUUGGCAUUAAUGGAGAGCUACCAUGGCGUUUAAAAAAAGAAAUGGAUUUCUUUACGAGAAUGACUACAACGACAAAGGACAGUAAUAAACAAAAUGCUGUGAUAAUGGGUAGACGUACAUGGGAAUGUAUUCCAAAAAAGUAUAAGCCUUUGGCAAACAGAAUAAAUAUGGUUCUAAGUUCUCAAUCGCUCGAUUAUGGAGAAGAUGUAGUAGUUUGUAAAAGUCUUCCCGAUAUGAUAGAAAAAUUAUCUCAAAGCCCAUUGAAUGAUAAAAUUGAACAGGUUUGGGUUAUCGGAGGUAGUUCAAUUUAUAAAAUUUCAAUGGAGUCACCAAAUUUUUAUAGAUUAUAUUUAACAAGAGUGAAAAAGCAUUUUAAAUGUGAUACUUUCUUUCCUGAAUUUCCAGACAAUUUUGUUUUAGUCAAAGAUUCGGAGGUACCUGAAGGCAUUCAGGAAGAGAAAGGAAUUCAAUAUGAAUACGAAGUUUAUGAAAGAGAAAAUUAAGAUUGUAAAUAAAAUAAUAUUUUGUGAGAGACGGACAAACAUUUUAUA